AGCCUAUGGGGGCGCUGGGCGCUGUCACGUGCCGGAGCCCCGCUCGCCGCUGCGGAGCCGGAGGAGCCGGACGGGGCCACGGAGCCGGGACGGGGCCGGGGGGCUGCGCCGGGGCCGGCGGCGCGCGGGGUGAAUUACAGAAAGUGACUACCAGAGCAUCUUGGCUGUAUGAACUCUUGAGCUGUCAAGGGACUAAGAGGCUUAUGAAGAGGUUCUGUCAGGCAAAACAGUGCUUAGCAAAGACACCAAGGAGGAGGGAAAAGGAGAAAGGGAGGGAGAGAGAGCUGAAACACUAACAAACCAUGAGAUCUAUCCGAUCUUUUGCUAAUGAUGACCGCCAUGUAAUGGUGAAACAUUCAACCAUUUAUCCAUCUCCAGAGGAACUUGAAGCUGUCCAGAACAUGGUAUCAACAGUAGAAUGUGCCCUUAAACAUGUCUCUGACUGGAUGGAUGAAAAGAACAAGUCUACAAAAUGUGAGGGUGAUGUGGAAGCAAAGGAGGAAACUGCAGAAAGCAAUGCCAAGGAUCAAGGUGGUCGGACAUUGUGUGGUGUUAUGAGAAUUGGCUUGGUUGCAAAGGGCUUGCUGAUAAAAGAUGAUAUGGAUCUGGAGCUGGUUCUCAUGUGCAAAGAAAAACCCACAAAGACCUUGUUAUGUAUAGUUAAAGACAAUCUCCCAGCUCAAAUUCAGAAACUUACAGAAGAGAAGUAUCUCGUGGAGGAGCAUGUAAAUGAGGCAGCUAUUAUUAUUCGUAACACAAAGGAGCCCAAGCUAACUUUGAAGGUGAUACUUACAUCCCCUCUCAUUCGAGAUGAAGCAGAGAAGAAGGAAGGAGUAGAUAAUGUUGCGAUGAAAGAUCCUCCGGACUUAUUGGACAGGCAGAAAUGCCUGGAGGCCUUGGCGUCUCUGCGGCACGCCAAAUGGUUUCAGGCCAGGGCAAAUGGACUAAAAUCAUGUGUAAUUGUCCUUCGUAUUCUGCGGGAUUUGUGCAACAGAGUCCCCACGUGGGCACCACUGAAAGGAUGGCCACUCGAGCUUAUAUGUGAAAAAUCUAUAGGUACUUGUAAUAGACCUUUGGGCGCUGGGGAAGCGCUGCGACGAGUAAUGGAGUGUUUGGCAUCUGGAAUCCUGCUUCCUGGAGGCCCUGGUCUGCAUGACCCCUGUGAACGGGAGCCAACAGAUGCUUUGUCUAAUAUGACAGUCCAGCAAAAAGAAGCCAUUACACACAGUGCUCAGCAUGCCCUCAGAUUAUCAGCCUUUGGUCAGAUCUAUAAAGUUUUGGAAAUGGAUCCCCUCCCAUCAAAUAAAUCAUUUCAGAAAUAUUCCUGGUCAGUAACUGACAAAGAAGCAUAUCCAUAUUACAAGGAAAUUUAUACCCUAGGUACAGGCUCAUCUGCUCUUAAGAGACCAUUUGAAGAUAGUGUUGGGGAUGAUAAAGAUCCAAAUAAAAAGAUGAAGCGUAAUCUGAGGAAAAUACUAGAUAGUAAAGCAAUAGAUCUCAUGAAUGCUCUGAUGAGGCUGAACCAAAUCAGGCCAGGGCUUCAGUAUAAGCUGCUGUCACAGUCUGGUCCAGUCCAUGCCCCAGUCUUCACAAUGUCUGUAGAUGUUGAUGGUACGACAUAUGAAGCAUCAGGACCUUCUAAGAAAACAGCCAAGCUCCAUGUGGCAGUGAAGGUUUUACAAGCAAUGGGGUAUCCAACUGGUUUUGAUGCUGAUGCGGAGUGUAUGAGUUCUGAUGAAAAAUCAGAUACUGAAGGUAAAAAUGAAACAAUGUCUUCAGUCCCAAGCAAUAAUACUGGAAAUUCCACAGCUGACACCUCUGCUACCCUAGAGGUAAGAACUCAGGGUCCUAUACUCACAGCAAGUGGCAAAAACCCGGUGAUGGAGCUCAAUGAAAAAAGAAGAGGUCUGAAGUAUGAGCUCAUCUCUGAGACAGGUGGAAGCCAUGACAAACGCUUUGUGAUGGAGGUAGAAGUAGAUGGGCAGAAGUUCAGAGGUGCGGGCCCAAAUAAGAAAGUAGCAAAAGCAAGUGCUGCGUUAGCAGCACUUGAAAAACUGUUUUCUGGGCCUAAUGCAGCAAACAACAAGAAAAAGAAGAUUCUUCCUCAGACUAAAGGGGUUGUCAAUACAGCUGUUUCUGCAGCAGUCCAGGCUGUUCGAGGCAGAGGACGAGGUGCUUUAACACGAGGGGCAUUUGUUGGGGCAGCUGCUGCUACUGGAUACAUAACACCAGGCUACGGAGCACCGUAUGGGUAUAGUACAGCUGCGCCAGCUUACGCCAUAUGCACUUGUAUAAAAUAAGCAGAAAUGUAGUGACUGUAAGCUGAGAUCGUGAUAUAAAAGGUAAGAGAUUUUAUUUUCAGCUUAAAGAAUAUUUUUAUUGCUUUUUUUCUAAAAAUCUCAUUUACCUGUGACAAUCUUGUAUAUGGCGUUUUUAUUAUGUCUUGUUGAACUAAAUGUUUAAACAGGUAAUACAUAGGUCUGAAUUCCAACUUUGUAUUUUUCAAGGCCACUUCAAAUACUCCCGUUUCAGUUAAAAAAGAAAAUAUUACUUAACACUUUUAAGAAAUUGUUUGGUUUUAUCAACAGACUGUUCUCCUUCAAAUAUUUUUCUCUUGUGUAGCAUAAAAAGCUGUAUUGAUACUGCUGUGUGUCAGGCACUGCAUUCCUUGCAUACCUGUGGAAAACAUUUGGGUAGGUACCAAAGCCACGGCCAUGGCCUGCACUGAAAGCCAUCCCAUGGUUGUAGGUACGUGGGAUAAAAAUGAGAAGUGAAAUGUGUGAUACUAUCUAACUAAUAAGGAGAGAAAUUAUUUCCCCAAACUAUUAAAGCUAAACUGAAUGAAGAAUGAAAGACUUUGAUGAUAUUACAGUUAAAAUCUGCAGAGAUCAAAUUACAUUAGGCCAAAUUAAUUCAUGAAGCAGCCAGGUUUGCUUUCCUCUUGUGGGUGCAGUGGGAGGGGAGGAAGGCAGGCAGGCAGUGAUUUAACUCUGCAUGAAUAAUUUGCUUAGCUGUGGUUUUCUAAAGCUAGAGAUUAGGAUACAGCCAUCCAUAAAUAAUUACUUUCAUUUCUGUAGUAAAUGUUUUAACAAUAUUUUACUUGGAUUAAAAUGGUUUUGGAUUAUGACCUAUAUAGUGCACAUGAUAUGUGUAGUUUUAAAAUACUAGGUUUUUUUAAUUUGCCUUUAUAUAACCUUGCAUUAUGCAAAGUUGCAUAGAACAGUACUGCACAACUGCAGUACUUGCAGUACUUGAAGUUGCUGGAAACAACUCUUUUUAUAUAAAAACAGUUUAAAAAAAAAAAAGCAAAAGGGAGGGAGUUGAUGGUGGUGUUAUUAGCAUUUUAGGGUCUCAAUUCAGAGAUGAAAGCAUAAAAAUCCCCGACUGGUCACAGUUUGUGCCGAUGUAAAACAGGAAAACACUUGGUACAGAAUAUGCAGUAGUGUAUCAGGCCAAAAGCUUGUUGUUUUGCAUCAAAAUGUAACAGCAAAAGUAAACUGUAUUCCAUUUCAAUAUUGAAACAUCAGAUCACUAAAUAACUGCAUGUGUAGGCUAUCCAUAACUCGGGACCUGUCUGGAUAGAAUUCAUAGGCUGAUGUAGAAAAAUAGCUGUUAAAUAUCGUUAGCUUUGCUACUGUGGGCAGAAACCUGACCCUGCAAGUGGCCUAUAUAUUUGCACCUGGGGAAAUGAACUUGAGGAACUGUACGGGUGACUUGCCCGGGAAAGCACAUAACCAUUUGAUUACAUUUGCAGGUGCAAUUGAUGAGCCAUCAGAAUGUCCUUCCCAUUCGGUGGUGCAGAUUUUCAUCUGCUGUUAUCUUCAAGGUGCAAACCUGGGGCUUGGUUUGAAGCUCACUUAAAAUUCAAUUCAUUCUUUCAGCCUGUCAGGCUAAGCAGUCCUGACAGUGGAGCAGCAGGCUGCUCACUUUCCUUCGGAAGACAGUAUUUUAUAUGCGUCAAGGCAAUGUUAAGGUGCAUUAUAAUGAACUUCUCUUGAGUAUUCCUUUCCUAGGCUUAACUGAUGUCAGUCUGACAAGCACUGUCCAGUUCAAGGACUGAUUAAUAAAAUGUCUUGCUGACUCUUAUCUGAUCUGUUUCUUUGUGGCCUGUACUUGGCAGCUUAAUCCAUUUGUAUUGGUUUCCAUCAGAACUGCUUUAACUGUCAAUUUCCAUAUUUUUCUGUCAUUACCCUUUAGCUCUUACAAUCCUAAGUAUUCCACUCUUCUGCUUUUUUUAAAUUCUCACUUUGUUGGAUCUUCUGUUUUUCACUGAAAGGAUACUAAAUUUCUCUAAUGCAUUUUUGUCCGUAAUGCAAGUACUUCUGUCCGAAAUUUGUCCCCUUGCCUUUGCUGCACUCCUCCGUAGGAGACAACAUUUCCUGAUAUGGGGAAUACACAGUGUACUUAAGACUCCUAAAUCCUGAGCUUUGCAGCCACUUGGAAUCAGUGAUAAGAUCCUAAGGUCAAAGACUGCCUAGGAACCUGUCUCCUUGACAGUGGAACUUGGAGCAAAACAUUCCUGUGUAUUGAAGGGUCAGGGAUGUAGACUCUUGAAGUGCCUAAUAUAUUGGCAUUUGAGAGAGCAGUUGAAUUCUCACAGUAGGUUUUAACCUAACUGAAAUACCAGGCUAUCAUCUGAUGAGUAAUUUGGGUAACAUCUGCUUGAUCAAUGUUGCAGCCAUCACUGUUUUGCUAAGGCAGAACUAGAAACUCCUUUCUUUUGCAUAAUACUUGCAGGCUUUCUUUUUUAAAAGCUGCCUCAGAGCAUGGUCUAAAGUGCCUUCUCUGUCCGAUUAGAGUUCUGGUUUAUGGCUACUGAGCUUUCUAUUUCUGGAUAUACCCAACAGCCAAACAUGUAAACACAGUUCCGUAUGCUUUGUGCAGCUGCUAGUACCCUCGUCUACAAUGUUAAUUUUGAAUUUUAGUUCAUCAAAAAGAAUUCUGAAAAAGUUCCUUUCAAUUAGUACAUACAUAAAUAGCCCACUAUGGGAAAUCUCUGCCUGUACACUACCCACCUUAGUUUUAGCUAACCAGAUGAUAAGAGUGUAUUUUGGGAGAUGGUGUCUGGCACUGAGAAGAUUAAAAGAAGCCAGAGACUUCAUACAAUAAAGAAUUGACCUGUUUAACAUGCUGUCUGUAUUGGAGGUGAACAGCAUUACCAUUGACUUUGGAAGAACAACUGAGCUUCGGUGGCCUACUCAGUUAACACUGAACCAAGUGAGGCUAUUUACAGAAUGGGGAGAUUAAAAUCCAGACUGUUCCACUUUUACAACAGCAGUUGUUUGCUGUUAGCUGCGCCUGCAUACAAACCCAUUAUCAGGCAGGUAUGUGCUUCCCCUUUCUACUAGUGUGGGUUUCAUGGGACCAUAUGAGGAAGAAACAUGUGUAUAACAGCCUGGUGCAUUGCUGACGGGUGUCUGAAGUGCCCUGUUCUCUCUGGCCCAUCUCCCCUUCAAAGAAUUUAAUCCCAGUUGACUUCUUACACAGCUGUAGCACUGGUGUAAGAGCAGCACUGGUAUGACCUUGCUGUGAGGUCAUGCAGUAUUUUUUUGUUUUGAAAUAGGUGAAAGCUAGACAGAAGUAUUGUUUAGAAAUUUGUCAGCAAGUGACUUCGGGAGACACGUGGUGUUUUUAUACUUAUGAUACAUUUCAGCAGGUAGCUCCACUCCAGAACUGCAUAGCUCUGCAAGGAGCUGGCACCUCCACUUCACCAGCUGCAGUGGUCAAAGAACUUAAGUUUUAAACAGCAGUCUUUACAGAUGGAAACUCUUAAUUACGGUGCACUGCUAACCAUGCCUCAUGAUGGGCGAGUGGCAGCAGGAAUGCUUGUCAUUUUCCAAGAUGUGCAACUGUGAAUUUUGAAGAUGUAAGGUAUUUAAUAAAAGUAGAAAUUCAAUCCUACUUUGCCAGCCAUAUGAGAUUUUUCCAGGCAUGUUCUAUCUAGAGAAGCUUUUAGGCAACCAGAUUGGUUUAGAGGGCUUGGCUAGCUGAAGAUGUGGUACAUGAUGCUUCCUGCCAUCAUGUCCUCUCUCUGCCAGUGCUUGCUGUCUCCCUCAAGCACACAUUCAGGAGCUGGAACAUGGUGACCUUAUUCCUGGGCAUUGUGCCAGUGGGAUGGAGGGAGGCCAGCCUAUACUCAUGAAGGGAAUGUGGAACACGCGGCCUGUGUUGCCCAAGCAAUUUCUGUUGAACACAGUGCACAAUCCAGCCCUCACAAAGACAAUUUAGUGCCUGGGUAGGUGGUUCCUAAUCUAUCCAAUUUGCUGUCAUGUAGCCAAUGUGAGCUAAUUAGAUGAUGCAGCAAUUGUCAUGGCUCCCACUUAAUGUGCAGUAAACCCUGCUGCUGUGGUUUUCACUGCAGUUAAAUACCUUUGCUUCUGUGAAUUCUGUCCUACUUCCCUGCCUUUUCUGAUCACCUUCUAGCAUCCCAGUAAAUAACUGAUUCUCUCUAAUUAUGGAAUUGUUUCAUAAAAGUGUCUAGAUUCUUAAAAACUUUUAAUCAGCCUAUGAAAAACUUCAGAGAAGCAGGCUUUCCUACAAAUAUUCAACUUACUCAUGUGCCAAGGGACUAUUUCUAGUCAUUUACAAAGAUCUGUGAAAACUACUCUGGUAUCUGCGAUCUCUGGAGACUAGGAUCCCUUCAUUUGAGAACACUUGGAAGGAAAAAAAAGAUUUAAAGUGUGUCUUAAUAAAAGUCAGUGGCUAGAGGGCACAGAAGGAACUUAAUUGGGGGAAAAUGCACAAAUUAAAACUAUUUCAGGCUUUUUGCUUUCAUUGAACUAUCGAGAAGAAUUUCCCUGACCGCAAGUUCCUCGUGUUAUUAGGAAGCAGAAAAUGAAGGAAGAGUGGCAUGAAGAUUUCUCAAGUGGUCUAGGAAAAAAAAUCUCAUAUUUGUCGGCUAUUCAGCUGUAGGACAUCAGUCUCCUGGCGCUUCUUCCAGAACUCCAAGAUAGCAAUAAACAUGAGUAGCUUUAACCUACCAUGCCAUAUCCAGUCCUGGGAAUGUCCUUGGAGAGUGAGCCUGGCAAUCCCUGUCUUUUCAGUCCAUUUUUUUCAAUCCCCUGAAAGAAAGUGUCACCUUGCUUCCUUUGUAAUUCUGCAUCUGUACUUCUGAGAGCCCGUAGAUUAUCAGAGUCUAGAGGUGGGUUUCCUGAACACAUCCCCAGAACUGAGUAAGUGAAAAGCAAGUAGACAAUACAGUUAUUUCAGUCUUUACUCAGACCAAAGUGCCAGUUUGCCUCUUUUGCUUGGUAGGUUAAGAUACGAUCAUUCGGUAUAAGAACUUCUUGCCUUCAGCUAAAUUCUUGGUAACAGUUGCCUGUUACUUAAUAAAGGGAAAAAUAUGUCCCAGCUUCAGCUGAGUUCCAAGUCACGGUAAACGGCUUACAAAAACAGCUACUAUUUCCGGUGGCUCUGGGAAACCACACAAGAACUCCGCUGCAGUGGAUUCUUUUGGACACAUGAUGAGAUAUGUAAAUAUGAAGUUCAGAGUGUUGCUCUCAGUUGUGAGGCUGACUAAGACCUCUCCUCUCUGGCAUGAAAAGAAUGAAAAUGAGUUCUCUGCUGGACUCAUUGAGGAGUUCUGUUAAGAAUGGUUGCACUGUCUUAACAGUAACUCAGCUUGAAUGUUCAGGACACAGACCCUCUCAGGCUUCCUGCUGAAUAAACCAAUUGAAAAAUGAGAUGCUUUAUUGACUUGUUUAAGCAAAGUGAAGGGAUAUUGUAGUUGCAGCUGCUAUCUAUAGUACAUGAGACAGCUUGUCUAACAGCUCAUUUGGUUUCAUUCUUCUGUUUUAGCACAUCUAGUUUGCUGUGAAACUGAUCCUUACUGUAAAGUGGAAAUUCUAUUAUAGUCAUUUUAGAACAAUCUGCCAGAGAAACUUGGCACUGAGGUCCUAUGCCUGUGGAUUGUGGCAGCAGUUUUCACCUGUACUUUCUUUUGAACGUUAACCACUUAAGCUAGUAAUUAAUUGUUUGGCAUUAAGACAGUUGUCAUCACAAAGCUGUUUUAUUACUUAACCCCAGAAGUUCUGUCUCUUUAGCUUUAUUUGUGUCAUCUUAUUCAUACUUAUUUAUGUCUAGGUUUUCUAGUGCUCCUGAAACAUUUUCCUUUUUCCCCAUUCUGCUCAUGGAAAUGGGACUGAUUCAGUUGUUCAUUUGUAACUGAUGUCCAAGAUAAUACAAAAGCAUGAGUAGGACGCAUAUGCCUGUUCCUCUAGUCUGGGGUCUUCCAGGAGAAAGGGUGCUUUUUCUGCUAGGACUGUCGAACACUGUGUAGGCAAUGCAAUGCCUUACUAAAAGUAGCUGUGUGAGUGAUGUUAAGAGAAAACCUCAUCAUGCUGUAAGAUUUAAAUUCAGUAAAGUGUUGUAUUUUGGUCUUUUUCUCCAAUUCGUGUGGCCAUGUGAAGCAUUCAGACCACAUGUUUACCUUCAUGUUUAAGAGGAGAUGAAUGUCCAGAAGUGGUAUGUGGAGAUGUGCAGUUCUAAAGCAAAUUUCUUAUUUUGGAUGUUAUUUUAUCUUGUAUUUGGUGCCUUAACUCUGUACAAUCUAAGGUCAUAUAUACUGUACCACAGGUAGUUUAAUAGUUAAGUGUACUUUAAAAGAACCCAACAAGCCUAGUCUACUUGCAAAGACUGAGGCCUUCUCAGUGGGAGAGUUCUCUUCCAUGUUUAAUUAAUAAUCCAUUGAUAAAUAAGAGUUGCAAGAAUUUAAAGAGCACAUAAAAAUUUUAAACACAGAUUGAGACUGAAUUUCCAUCUUCAAAGGUUUGUGGCAAUAAGGUAAUUAAAGGUACAGUCUCUUCUAUGCUGUGUAAAUAAAAAACAUCAAAAUGUUUUAUAGCUAGCCAGAAGUGCAUGUUUGUGAAAACCUCUGGACUGUUAUCUCUAGUAGAACAAAUUACACUAAUUCUAAAAGGCAUUAAUUGAAUGUAAUUGGCUAGCCAUUCACUGGUACAGGGGAGCUGGAAUGAGUGAGACUUGCAAUUAAUUUUUAAUUCUGAAAUAGCAUGUGGACUUAAGUCUCAUUCCUGCCUCUUACCUGCAUCUAGAAGCUCCGGGUGCCUUAUGCUGCUUUGCAGUUCACGAGGUGUAAUGCAGCUUCUACUUGAGCACAUGCUUGCUGAAUGCAUCUGGUCCUGGUAGAAUGGACUGAGGCAAGAGAGAGAGAGAAAAGAAAACAAUGAAGCUAGAAUGCCCUUCUCUUGUCUUAAAGGUUGAGCAUCAUACAUGGGAAGUUGGAGGGAAAGUUCCACUGCCUUUUCCAAGUCCAUUAAUAGAAUCUGUGGUAAAAUCAGGCAGUUUAUAUCUACUAUGGCAAACCAGGAGCCUUCAUAUACUAAGAGCAGGGGACAUGAUACUGUUUUUUCAGUAAUUCAUAAGAAAUUGAUGGUUUAAGCUAUCUAUAUAGCAGGCUAAAAGCUGCUAGUAUUUUUUUUUUUUUUCUGUUCAGUAAAUAAGUCCAGGGUGGAAGGUUUUCCAGAGGAGGAAGAACAUGAGAAAUCCAAUGAACAAAUUCUAUUCCCGAUGCAGCCCUAUCCAAAAUAGGGAGAUUGCUCCAACAGUGUAUAUAGCACUCAACUGAAUUUUGGGAAGGAAAGGAAUAAUAGUAAUUUCCCCUAAAGUACUACUAGUAACUUAUUUCUGCAAUGCCCACAGUAUUCUAGACAACUUGCUUUUACACAGAACAGCAUAGCAACAAGGGGAAGUAGAUACUGCUUCCACAACUACAUGCAGUAAUGUACAUAUUUCAGGUCACCAAUAUUGGUGUAACUAGUUAUGACAAAGUAGGUUCACCUUACCAGAAAAGCAUGUUUUCAGAUUCUAUCCAUUUCCUUUUUUUUUUUUUUUUUUUUUUUAAGCUAGAGGGGAGUUAAUUAUAGUACUCAUCUGUUUCAAAGGGAGUAGAGCAGAAGGUAAGUUUAAACUUCAUACUUCCAAGCUGCUAUAAGUUGAUUAACAGUGUUCCAUGAAAACAACCUGAUGUACUACUUUAUUUUCUUUGUGCUCAUUUCUAUGUUCUUAGAAAAGCACAAGCUUGUGUAAGCGUAAUCAACACAAAGUUACUCAGGGUACUGUGUCAUCUCAGCAGCGGACACUAACUGCAUCUUAAGUCAAUAGGCACAUAUAAAUAAAGCUUAAUUAAGAGAAACAGAACAUGGCAGGUUUUGCUUCACUACUGGCACUGUUGCAGUUUAAUGAUCUAUGCAUACGGACAUGUGCGUAUUGCUGCACUCUCAACAGAACCUGUAGUCCUGUAAGCAUCCUGUAAACUAACAAAGUAAAACGUAGUCAGGAGAGAGAGAAGUCUUCUUUCAUUAUUUUCACAAAGAAGUUUAUAAACAGAUGGAAAACAAGAAUAAUGGUGGUCUGAAGACCAGCAUUUACAGCAGUACAGCUUUUGGAAAUUUAGUGAUUAUAUGAAUUUAAUUAUGAAAACUCUAAUUUGCUGUACAAACUAGUAUCACUGCUUCCCUGCUCAACAGGAUAAAGACAAGUGUAGUUUUCUAAUAACAUCUAUUGCAUGGAAAUACACAUAUACUGGAAGAAAACGGAGGCUGUACUGCAGAGAGCAUAUUCAACUACAGAGCCGUUCUCUGGGCAAUGCUGCAUAACAUAAGAGUGGGUAAAUAUGCCUUCAGGGACAACACAACACAGAACAGAUGUUAAAAAAAAAAACAAACCACACACAGAAAAAAGCCUUGAAGCUUUGUCCAGUCAUAUAUUUACUCCUCCCUGAAAAAGGAAUAGCUACAUUCAUAUACAUUUACUGAGUUAUAUACAUCAGACAUCACAAAGGUCCUUAAGGACAAAUGUUUUAAAGCCAGUCUCCUUUUGGACAGAAAAGGGAGGAAGUUGACUCUGUCUUCCAGUUCCAAAGUACAGUGUCUUAUUUCUGAUCCUAACCCUAAGUCAAUAUUUAUUGAUCAAACUGACUAAGCUUUUUAGGUCAACAAGCUCUCUAUGAAGCAAUUCUGUUCUCUCAAGCCUCUGCAGGGGCCAGCAACUGGUGCUUAACUACUACUUCCACUCCAGAAUGUCACCGUUCUCCGGCUGUCCCAGAGCCAUUCUGGGACACUUGCACUUGUAAGAGAGCAACACGGCUGGGUGUGGGGUGUGCUGUCCAAAGUACUAAAAUACUACAGCAGAGCAAGUCCCAGUGGGCUGUAUGCUUUUUCAAGUCCUGUCCAGUUCUGUGACAUAGUUGAGCAUGAAACCUGUACUGCCAAACGUACCAGCCCCUUAAUGAGAAGGACAUCUAUGUGAAGCAGUCUCAGAAGUGGCAGUUUUGAGGAAAGGCUGGUGUUUUCCAAGUCCAACUCAUAAGCUUUUUUUUUUUUAAGUGGUUCAGUUUCCACUCACCAAAAAUCACCACAGUCAAUCAAUUAAAACAAUUGCUGCUAAUUUGGGCUAAAACAUCCCCUUUGUAUAACCCAAACUACCACCACCCAUCCAUCUCAAGAAUUCUUUCUUAAGCAAAGAAUCCUCAGGAGGCAGAGCCCUACUAAGAGUCUGCACACUAGAAGACAGAGAGGAAAUCUGUCAGUGCAGUAUAAUGUGACUUUUCUGAUGACAAUUACUUCUACAAGACAAGGAAAAGACAGAGGCAGUGCUUUGGGGCAGUGUUUCAUGCUCAGCAAGUUUGUAGAGGGAAGGAAUGCAAUUCUAUAAAUCACUUGUACUGUAUUUGUUUCUAGACUUGAAUGAAUUUCACUUUCCCUUUGUGGGUCAGCAUAGUAAACAUUAAAAGAAAAGGUCUAUUUUUCUAAAUCUCUUUCACCAAUAGAGGUCUGACCUGCAGCCAACAGAUGGAUUUAUUUAUCCACAGAGGACAGAGUGUUUAUUUUUACACUAAGAUUGGAUAUGGCAAUGAGAAGUAUGACCUUUGAACUAUCUAAACCUUAAAUACUAUGAACAAAUUUUACAAAUGAGUAAUAUGGUCGACAAUUCCAUCUUUCUUCCCAGUAAAUUCCUCUCUCAAAAGAAGGUACCCAGAAUUAAACUUCCAAAUGAAGUACAAGAGAUCCUUGUGGUCUAAUUACAGACUACUUUCAAAAUAUUUACCAUUUCUCCCAAUUUGUAAUCUGUACAGAACAAAGAUGAUUAAACUAUUCCUGACUAUACCGUAAAUAAAGCAACUUCAAACAAAGCAAUUUGGCAACAACCUUAGUAUUUAUAGCAUUAAAAAUUAAUCUGAACGUUCAAAUUGUCUUAAUUUGGUAGCAGUUGAGUGGGAAGAAAAAUAACUGCACACUGAAUUUUAAAUUGACCUGUUAUCUACUCACUAGCCAAAAAAGCCUGCAAAUGUAAAGUAAAUGGAAUGCUCUUUGUACAUUAAGCUCCUUCCUCACGUGAUGCUGUACCCUGUACACUUGGCUUCAUUUGGCUUCUGUGUUGUGGUUUGUACGCCAGCCACUGUUAUUAACUGUACACAACACUUAGAUCUGCACUGUAAUCUUGGUUCAUUUGCCACUGAUUGUAACCCAAUGCUACAGACUUCUCUGUAUAUAAAACCGUUAACCAUGUCCCAUUUGCUUCCAAUAGCAUACAAUAAAGGCUUAUCUCUGUAAACAGGAA